GAAGCAAAUGACAUGUCGUUACUGAAAAAAUCCCAAGCAGGCAUUAGAGGCCAUCCCAUCCCAGUACAGAACGAACAAAUUCAAAGACUCAUCACAAAUUUUGAAUUUCUUUCUUCUUCUUAUCCUCCUCCAAAAAGGAGACUCAAAAAGAAAAGGAAAUGGUGGGAGCGAACUUGAAAGCAGAAACAAUUAAACUGAUGGAGAAGAGAAGUGCUUUGGAAACUGAGAUGAAUGUCAUCAUCGACCCUCUCCCCCCCCCCCCCCGCCUCUGUCAGCCUGGCGGUCCUGGUCUCUCCGGCAACCUCGUCGAUUCUGAGGGUUUUCCUCGGUCGGAUAUUGAUAUCCCAGUCGUUAGAGCUGAACGACACCGACUUGCUGAGCUGCGGAAUGAUCAUAAGGAGAUUACAGAGAAAAUAAAUGAGAAUAUUCAAGUUCUUCAUUCAGCCAGGCUUGCAACCAAAGAUUCAGUGGCUGGCAAUGCUGUUCCAUCUGCAACUUCCCACAAUGUUGUUCUUAGAGAUUCUCCCAGUUCCAUGGAUGUGGACAUGAUGGCUAGCAUACCCUUUGCUGUGGUUGAUGAAAUUGCUGAUGCAUCCCCAACAGCAGAGGAUGGUCUGCAACUUGGAGAUCAACUUGUUAAAUUUGGUACUGUGGAAUAUCAAGUUGGUGAGAAUCUUUUGCAAAAGCUUGCGUCUGAGGCUCAGGCAAAUCAGGGUCAUGCAGUACCAGUGAUAGUUAUGAGGCAAGGUGCUCCCAUCAACUUAUCACUGACUCCUAGAGUGUGGCCUGGCAGGGGUCUUCUGGGAUGCAGUUUCCGGAUCUUAUAACUGUUUCUGGGAUAACAGGGAAGGUGGUUGGUUGGUUUUAUUGCCAGUUGCAACUCUGUUUCGGAUAAGCAUUAAAAAUUGUUUCUUCAGUUUUCAAGAAUCAGAUAUUGGUCUAGCAAGUUUUACUAUGCACUCUAAAUUUGUCUGACUUGAGCUUGUUUCAAAGAUGUCUGAAGAACUGCUUGAUGCUAAUUCAAUUGUCUUUGUUUAGCCUGCC